GGCGUGGCCUGGAACAAAGCCGCUUAUAAAUAUGCAGUGAGGGGGCGCGGCCUGGAUAAAUCUCUAUAAAAGGUCGCGAAUCAAAGCAAAGUUUUUAUAAAAUUAAAAUAAAAAGCGUCGCCCGGGUAAAAAUCAGCGCUGUAAAAGACAACGAGAGGCGCGGGCUGGAUCAAAGCGGCUCCAAAGCAGCGCGCAGAGAUUUUGAGGCGAUUCCGGCAACAUUUGCGCCGCUGAGCAGCUUUGGAGGACCCAAAAGCACCGAGACGCGGCCGGAGGAGGCGGCGCCACCACCGAGUUGCGUCUAGAACGUCCCCACAGGAGGGCGCUUCCUGUCACGUGACGGGAAUGCCGCGCUGCCAUUGGUGAAGAGCGGAACCGGCGGGAGAAGAACCGGAAGCGGCGGGAGAAGAACCGGAAGCGGCGCGGGCGCCAUGGCGGGGUUCGGCGUGGCCAACGAGCGGCUGCGGGCGCUGGAGGAGCUGGAGCGGGAAAUCGGCGCCUCCCUGCAGAGCGCGGGUCUGGUGAUCCUGGAAUUGUCCAAGGAGAAGCCCCAGGAGCGUCACCUGGACCGUCAGGCCGCGCAGUUCGGAGCCGCCGUGGCCAAGGUGGAGGCCGAGCUCUCGGCCCAGAUCCGGUACCUGACCCAGGUAGCCACAGGUCAGCCCCACGAGGGUUCGAGCUACGCGGCGCGCAAGAGCUGCCAGCUGGCGCUGAACCGGCUGGACUACGCCCGGCGGCGCCUGGCCGAGCUGGCCCGCGCCUGCGAGCUGAUGCUGGAGCAGUGA